GUGCCACUAUGGCACUAUGCACAGAUUGCACAGUCACAGUGCACUGGCGUCUGGCCACUGCAGACUGCGGUGUGCCGGUGUAGUUGGUCAGUCAGUGUACAUUGUGGCAUUGUGUUGUGUACGCUAUCAUUCAAAUAUUCAAAUCCAACCAACAGGUUGCAGGUGCGAUUUUCGGUUGAGUGCUGGUAUCUGUGAUAAGUUUGUCUUAGUGAAAUGAACCAUUGAGUUAAUUGUAUAAGUCGUUUCGACUUCAUAUUUCAUAUAGUAUUAUACUGAAGGUGCUCUGUUCAAAUUUCAACCUGAAUACAUACAUUCACAGAUUUAAUGAUGGAUGAUACAAAAUUUCUUGGCCUGUCAGAAAUGCCGAAUUCUAAUGAAGAAAUAUUUAAUUUCAAUACGUGUAAUGACAGCUUAAUACCACUGUUACAACAACAGUUUGAUGGAGCUUUAAUGAAUCCGAAUGAUCUCAAUGAGUACUAUUUUUCAAUGCCAAUGGAAAAUGGAAGGGUUGUGGAUUUAAAUCUUCCACAAACGCCUGAAGAUGACCAAGAAAAUCGUGAAACAUGUACAGCUGGCUCUGUAAAAUCAUCUCCAACUGGUAUUAUACCCUGCCAGGAUGAAUUUGGUGGUAGUGCUAAUUUUGAAGUGUUGUUGGAUUCCAGUUCCCAAUCAUACCGUCAAAAAUGGAAUUAUUCAGUUACCCUGCAAAAACUUUUUAUUGACAUAAAUAAAGUGCUUCUGUUAAAUUUUAAAUGUGAUUUUGACAAGAUUGCCAAUAAUAUGUUAUUAUUUAUACGUGCUAUGCCUAUGUAUAGUUCAGCAGAUUGGUUAAAAGAACCUGUUGAUCGUUGUUUACAACAUUUAUCACCUAUAGAUCAGUUUAACAAAGGUUUUACACAUUUAGAACAUGUUAUACGUUGUGACAAUGAAAGUACGACCUAUCACAUAGAUCAAGUUAGUAGGCGUAAAAGUGUAGUUACACUUUUAUCUAGACCUGAACAUGGGUCAGAUAGUACCAGAUUAUCCUAUAGAUUUGUAUGCAAGACUUCUUGUACUAGUGGAAUGCAACGUCGUCCUAUAAUUGUAAUAUUCACAUUAGAGGAUUACAAUGGACAAGUGCUUGGCCGUCGUGUACUUCCAGUAAAAAUUUGUUCUUGUCCUAAAAGAGACAUGGAUCGUGAAGAAAAGGACACUCAUUUACAAAAGAACACAGUUUUUCGACGAAACAAGAAGUGCAUAUCCCAAGAAAUUAACCAUAAUAAUAAUCAUCAUCAUCAUAGUGAUAGUGAACAUCCACCGGCUAAGAUAAUUAAAUUAGAGUCCUCAACCUCAACAGAAAAUUUAACGGAUCGUACAUAUAUAUUGCCUUUAAAUUAUACAACCAAAACAAAGGAACACUAUAAAAUAGUGUUAGAAAGUAUAUACUCCGUAAUUACUGGUGUGUCAUCUCUUCACAAUAUUACAGACACUCAACCAUUGCUCAAAGAGUUAAAAUCUAGGUUGAACAACCUAAACUGACUCUGGAAAAUUAUAUUUUAGGCCUUAAAUUUUUUUAUGGCUUAAUUUAUAUAAAUAGGUACUUAUGUGUUAUCUCAUUUACAUUUUAAAUAGAUUCUUAAGCGGAGGUAGUGGACGGAAGACUUAUUUGGGUAAUCAAGACAACACAUAAGUACCUAUAAAUAUAUUUUUAUAAGGAGUUGCAUUAAUUAUAUUAUUUUAUUGUAAUUUUACUAAUUUUUU